GCGGCGCACCCGUCCCGACCGGAAGCCGCACGUGGGGGCGCGGGCGGCACGUGGCGCCCGGUGCUCCCGCCCCGCUCCCGGGCAUGGAGCGGCGGCGCGCGCCCGCCACGCCCCCCCGGUACGGGCGGCGCCGCUUCUGGGACGCGCUGUACCAGCGGGAGGGCGCCGAGACCCGCGAGUGGCUGGGGGGGCUCUCUCGGUUUCUCCCUCAGCUGGAGCCCGAGCUGCGCCCCGGUGACCGCAUCCUCGUCCUCGGCUGUGGCAACAGCGCCCUGAGCCACGACCUGCACGAGCUGGGCUACACGGACGUCACCAGCAUCGACUUCUCCCCCGCCUGCAUCGCGGCCAUGCGCGCCCGCUACGCCCGCUGCCCCGGCCUGCGCUGGGCCGUCAUGGACAUCCGCGCCCUCGCCUUCCCCGACGCCUCCUUCGACGUGGUGCUGGAGAAGGGCACCCUUGACGUGCUCAUGGUGGAGGAGACCGACCCCUGGCACGUCUCGCCCCAGGCAGCCGCCUCCAUGCGCCGGGUGCUGGCAGAGGUGAGCCGGGUACUGCGCCCAGGGGGCUGCUUCAUCUCCAUCACCUUCGCCCAGCCCCACUUCCGCAAGCCCCACUAUGCCCAGGAGGCCUUCGGCUGGUCCCUGCGCCACGCCGCCUGCGGGGACGGGGACGCCGCUGCCUUCCACUACUUCCUGUACGUCAUGCGCAAGGGGCAGCCCCUGGACCCCCGGGACGCGGCCCUGGGGCGCCGGCUGCACCAGCCCCCCCCGCCCCCCGCCCCGCCCCCGCCCCCCGCCCCCCCGGACGACGACGAGGACUAUCUCCUUGCCAUCCAGCUGUGACCCAGGGGGCUUUCCCCACCUCCCUCCACCCAAUAAAGCCUUAAGAUGCUCCGUCCUCACAGGUGGACGAC